AAGGAAUUGGGCCAAAUUCAGCAAUCACACAGGACGUUUUAGACCACGCUGACAGACCACACCAAAAGAAAACGAACAGCUCCGACAGUUUUAAGGAGUUCUGCGUGGAAGUUACAAGACUUUUGGCAAGAGCGUGGAGCCUGCCGUUACAGAUGGAGAACUGGCAGAUGGCCAGUGCAGCUCCCAUCUCUGAGAAGGUUCCCAAAGUGAUCCUGGGAAGCACAGACUGCCAAUUGCAGCUUGCAACUCUGGGACCAGCCUGUUCUGCCUGGACCCCGCUUGUCCCUCUACCCACGUCGGUCUGGUCUCCGUUCAGAGCUGGCCCACUCUGCCUCUGACCUCCACCAAUGCCACGCCAUCCCGGCCUCUGAUACUUGUAUUCAACAAUUACUCCUGUCAUCCACCAAAUGACUCGUUUCUUUCCUCAAAGAAAGAGAAGCUGCCCAGGAGCUAACGGUGUUCACAGGUAGACAUGAGGCCUGGAGGAGCCAGUCCCAAGCCCCAGCCCCACCUGAAGCGGGUCAGGAAUCGGUGGAGCUCGUACCUCACCCUGCAGAGCCAAGUGCUGUGAGCCUGCUCUUCGUACUCAUAUUCCAGUUCUUCUCCUGGAGGAGGAAAACAACGAAAGCCGUUGAAAGGCCAACGGGGCCGAGCAAGGCGAGCCGGUCCUCGUGACGGAGGCCAGGCCAACUCGUGACCGGAGACGCCGGGGAACGGAGAGCCGCGUCUCCCAUUCCGGUUCAAGGUAACCCGUGAGGGUCUCCGGCACCAGGAAAUGACGACGAUAGCGGUGAUCACGCUCGCUACGUGCCACCCCGGGACUGAAGAUGUGUGGGGAGCGCCUUGCGUGGACUGAAACCCGGGACUGGGGACUGAGCUGAGCCCCUGCUGGGACCCAACGGGAAGCCCUCCCAAGGAAUACGGUCCCACACAACCCCACACGGGGCAGAGGUUCAGUGGUCGAAGAGCCGGUCUUCGUGCUUCGCCCCCCCCCCGAGCGUCCAAAGGCCCGGGCCGUCCGAAAGGUAGCGUCCCGCGAGGAGCCGGCCCGGCCUCGGCCCCAGGAGGGAGGCCCGCCCUCGCCGGGACCGGCAGGAGGUUGGCGUCGGCCGCCCUCGCCCUCCCGCCCGGCCGGGCCAUGCUGCGGUACUGGGGCGAGAUCCCGGGGUCGUCGACGCAGGCCAACCGCGGCUCCUUCGACCUGCUGCCCCGCGAGUUGCGGCCGGUGGAGGUGCAGGACCCGCCCCUCCAUCAGCCGUCGGCCCGCAGGCCGCGGCCGCCCACCAUGCUGGACGUCCCGUCGGAGCCGUGCAGCCUCACCAUCCACACCAUCCAGCUCAUCCAGCACAGCCGCCGGCUCCGCGGCCUCAUCGCCGCCGCCCAGGCCCAGCAGCCCCAGCAGCCCCAGCAGGCCCAGCCCCAGCAGCAGCCCCAGGGCCAGCAGCCGCCCACGGACGGCGACGGGCCCGAAGACGGCGAGCCUCUCCCGCCCCGCCCCGGCUCCCCUCCCCUCCCGGACGACCUCCUGCCCCCGGACGGCAAGACCCCCAGGCUGCCGUUCCAGCUCCGCCACAGCGACCCCGAGAGCGACUUUUACCGGGGGAAAGGCGAGCCGGUGACGGAGCUGAGCUGGAACUCGUGCCGACAACUCCUCUACCAGUCGGUGGCCACCGUCCUGGCCCACGCGGGCUUCGAGUUCGCCAACGAGAGCGUCCUGGAGACCCUGACGGACGUGGCGCACGAAUACUGCCUCAAGUUCACCAAGCUGCUGCGCUUCACCGUGGACCGGGAGGCCCGGCUGGGGCAGACCCCCUUCCCCGACGUGAUGGAGCAGGUGUUCCACGAGGUGGGCAUCGGCAGCGUGCUCUCCCUGCAGAAGUUCUGGCAGCACCGCAUCAAGGACUAUCACAGCUACAUGCUGCAGGUUAGCAAGCAGCUCUCGGAAGAGUACGAGAAAAUAGUGAACCCGGAGAAGGCGUCGGAAGACACCAAACCCGUGAAGAUCAAGGAGGAGCCCGUCAACGACAUCAGUUUCCCCAUCAGCGAGGAGCUGGAGGGGGAGCUGGCGCCGGGGGACCAGGCCCUGCCCGGGGGGGUGCUGCCAGCGCAGAACCUGGAGGUGGAAGCCUCCCCGCAGACCUCAGGUGCCGAGGUGAACGCUUCCCCUCUCUGGAACCUGUCCCAGGUGAAGAUGGAGCCCCAAGAGAGCGAGGAGGGCAGCGGGUCCGGGCACGGCGUCCUGGGCGGCGACGUCUUCGAGGAGCCCAUGUCGGGCAUGAGCGAGGCCGGGAUGGCCCAGAGCCCCGACGCCUCCGACAGCAGCUACGGCUCCCACUCGGCCGACAGCCUCAUGGGCUCCUCGCCCGUCUUCACCCAGCGCUGCAAGAAGAAGAUGAAGAAGAUGUAAGGUGCGGGCUGGAGGCCGGAGGACGAAGCCCCCCGCUCCACCCCGCCCUCGGGGACCAGGGCAGAGCGAUCCGUCGGCGUGCCGGAAUUCAAAGAGGAGAGCGGAGGGCGUCCCCCCUCGGCCCUAUCUUCCCCCCCCCCCGGGGACUUGGGAGGAUGCAGAGGAGAGGGGCUGGAGACCCGCUGACUUGUGCGGACAGAGACGCUAUUCAAAUAGAUGGUUGCAUUUUCCA